GUGAGGUUUGGGCAGCAGAAGCGCUACCAGGACUGGUUCCAGCGGCAGUACCUGUCCACCCCUGACAGCCAGUCCCUGUCCUGUGCCUGUCCUCCAGUCCCUGUCCCCAGCCGUGUCCCUGUCCCUGUCCCAUGUCCCUGUCCCUGUCCCCAGGUGCGGUUUGGGCAGCAGAAGCGUUACCAGGACUGGUUCCAGCGGCAGUACCUGUCCACCCCUGACAGCCAGUCCCUGCGCUGUGACCUGAUCCGCUACAUCUGCGGCGUGGUGCACCCGUCCAACGAGGUGCUGAGCUCUGACAUCCUGCCCCGCUGGGCCAUCAUCGGCUGGCUGCUCACCACCUGCACGUCCAACGUGGCCGCCUCCAACGCCAAGCUGGCGCUGUUCUACGAUUGGCUCUUCUUCAACCCCGAGAAGGACAGCAUCAUGAACAUCGGUGGGUGGGGCUGGGAUCCGCCCUGGGAUGGGAUCCACCCUGGGAUCCACCCUGGAAUGGGAUCUGCCCCCAGGAUCCACCCUCAUCUCUUCCAGAUCAUUCCCAAUUUUUACCCCCCUCUGGAAGCCCACGUCCGGCAGGGAGUCUUCAACUCCCUCACCCACAUCGUGGAGAAGCGAGUCCUGGCGCACCUGGCCCCGCUCUUUGACAACCCCAAGCUGGACAAGGAGCUCCGGGCCAUGCUCCGGGAGAAAUUCCCGGAAUUCUGCAGCUCUCCCUCACCCCCCAUCGAAGUGAAAAUCGAGGAGCCCGUUGCCAUGGAGAUGGAGAAUCACCUGGAGAAGGAUGACGGUUGCUAUGACAACGCCGAGGCCGCCUUCAGCGACGAUGAGGAGGAGCUGAGCAGCAAAGGAGGGAAGAAGAGGGAGUUCAGGUUCCAUCCCAUCAAGGAAUCCAUCGUGGAGGAGCCCGUGGACAUCACCCCAUUCCUGGAGCAGCUGGACGAGUCCCUGAAGGACAAAGUGCUGCAGCUGCAGAAGGGCAGUGACACGGAGGCGCAGUGCGAGGUCAUGCAGGAGAUCGUGGAUCAGGUCCUGGAGGAGGACUUUGACUCGGAGCAGCUCUCGGUGCUCGCCUCGUGCCUGCAGGAGCUGUUCAAGGCUCACUUCCGCGGGGAGGUGCUGCCCGAGGAGAUCACGGACGAGUAAGGGACGGGCACCCCCCACCCCCCGUGCCCCCUCCCCUCCAAUUCCCGGGGUGUUCCCAGAUUUUGGAAGUGGAUUCCCUGGGAGGGUCCAGGCCGGCUCCUUCUGCGGGGUUUUCGUGGAGCAGGGAGAGUUCCUGACUGUCCCCGGCUGCUUCCAGGGGGAUUUUGCAUUCCUGGGGGAUCCUGAGGGAUCCAGGGCUGAUCCUGUGCCCAUUCCUGGGGGAUCCAGAGGGAUCCAGGGCUGUUCCCAUUCCUGGGGGAUCCUGGAGGGAUCCAGGGCUGAUCCUGUUCCCAUUCCUGGGGUAUCCUGGAGGGAUCCAGGGCUGUUCCCAUUCCUGGGGGAUCCUGAGGGAUCCAGGGCU